UCAUAAAAACUAAAACAAAAUGUCUUAAUUGAAUUGAAGUCGGUCUUGUUCUUUGAAAGCUAGCAAGCGGUUACCUUACAAAGUAAAUAAUUAAAGACUCCCAUAAGUAUAGUGCGGUGCACUCUGCGACAAAUACAAACGAGUUACGCAGAUAGUGGUUAAGAGUGGACUGUUUGCCCCUAUAAAAUAUCAGCUUUACAACCCACAUCGAAUACUGAAGGUAUAACAAACAAAGCACAUAUAAAGUUAUAAAAGAAAAGUACGAGAUAUUUGAAUUGGAAAUAAUUAUGCUAAACAGCGCCAAUAACAAUUUUGUGCAGCAUGCACAGGUGAUAUCUACAUCAACAGAGGGAAACAUGAACGGCUAUAAUCGAAAGUCUCCUCAAAAACGGCGUUAUGAUAUGCCAAAAUAUGCGGUGCCACCAAAAAAGAAGUCAGGCAAGGAACGUGUACCACAACCGAAAAAUACAGUAGCGAUGCUUAACGAAUUGCGGCAUGGACUGAUAUACAAAUUAGAGUCACAGACUGGUCCGGUGCAUGCGCCGCUAUUUACGAUCUCCGUUGAGGUUGAUGGACAGAAGUAUAUGGGACAAGGGCGUAGUAAAAAGGUAGCGCGUAUCGAGGCUGCAGCCACAGCGUUGCGCAGUUUUAUACAGUUUAAAGAUGGCGCAGUCUUGUCUCCCUUGAAGCCAGCAGGCAACUUGGAUUUUACAAGUGACGAACAUCUAGAAAAUGGUAUUGAAAACGUGUCCAAAGCAGAAUUAGUCGAACUGAUUUACACGUUGAUGUUGCCUGAAAAGAAAUCCAACCUUACCUCGCUUGAACAAUCCACGUUGCGUCCACAAAUAUUUUGCAUGAGCCACAAUGCCACAAAGAGUACGAUUGCCGUAGAUGGCCAGAAAAAAGUACCAGAUAAAGGCCCCGUUAUGUUGUUGUACGAAUUAUUUAACGAUGUUAAUUUUGAAUGCAUGAACAUUGAUGGCGCUCAAAACAACUGUCGUUUUAAAAUGACGGUCACUAUAAAUGAUAAAAAGUUCGAUGGCACAGGGCCCUCCAAGAAAUUGGCAAAGAAUGCUGCCGCGAAGGCCGCACUCGCCUCCCUGUGCAAUAUAUCUUACAGUCCGAUGAUGGCACCACAGAAAAAUGCACCAUUACCCAUUGACGAGAAGUCAUCGUCGAUGGAAUUACCACAAAUACAUGCGGAUACCAUCGGACGGUUGGUAUUGGAAAAAUUCAUGGAAGUAAUUAAGGGCCAGGAGGCGUACUCUCGGCGAAAAGUUCUGGCAGGCAUAGUCAUGACAGAAAAUAUGAAUUUCUGCGAAGCUAAAGUAAUCUCAGUUUCAACUGGAACAAAAUGUGUUAGCGGCGAACACAUGAGCGUAAAUGGGGCGGUGCUUAACGACUCGCAUGCUGAGAUAGUGUCCAGGCGUUGUCUUCUAAAAUACUUGUAUGCUCAACUUGAUCUUCAGUGUAAUCAGGGUAUGUUUAAACUUGUUUUAAAGUUUUUCUUGUUCUAAGUUAUUCUAAAGCAUACUAAAUAUA